AUGAUUAAAGAUUUGGGAGUGAUCUUAGACUCUAAGCUUCCUUUGACCUCUCAUGUUGCUGAGACUAUUCAUAAAGCCAUGAAGUCACUCGGAUUUGUAAUGCGAUCUUGUAAGGACUUAAACUCACUGCAAACUGCGCUGAACUUGUACAAUGGCCUGGGGACUUUAAUGCAGAUUUUCAAACAACAAAUGAUAAAGCAAUACGAACACCCAAAACCGCCAAGACGGAUCAUUAAAUGCCUAUCAUGGAAAGAGAUUGACUCUGAUGCAGCCACAGAACUGAUCAAUAGAAGAAAACAUGAGCUGGAUGGCACUAACGGUACUCAGCAAUCACUAGACCAGCAACUAGACAAGCUGAAUUGCCUGGUUCAGGAAAUCAUCAACCAAUGUGUUCCAGUUCAAGACUUUGUAGCAAAGCAUUGCCCAACCCCUUGGUUAACACAGGAAUUGAGUGAGAAACGUAAAGAGAGAGACAAAUGUUACAGACGAUUCAAAAGAAAUGGCCGCUGUGAAGCAUGGGAGUCUUACAUUCAAAUACGCAGACAAGCACAGUCUUUAUGGAAAAAAGAGCAGGCAAACUAUCUACAAUCAGUUUUCAAUCACUCAGGUCACACAAGGCAGUUUUGGGAUGAAAUGGACAGACUUGGUCUCACGGUGGCUUCAACAAAGUCGCGAGGGGCGCUGAACUUUAAUAUCGAGGCAUUAAACAAUUACUAUGCAACAAUAAUUGUAGGCAGGAAGCUUCCACCGCUCGACGGCCUAUUGACUAGUUUGAGCCGAGUGCAGGCCAACGAAAAUUUUCAUUUUACCCAUGCCAAUAUCGAUGACGUCAUGAAACAUCUUGCAGGCGGCACCUCCAGAGCGACUAGGAUUGAUGGACUAUCUGCGCAAGCACUGAAAAUGCUGAAGAAUCUGAUUGCCCCGCUUAUUACAGAGCUAAUAAAUAACUCCCUGGAUACUUGCUGCUACACGACUCAAUGGCGAUCGUCUCUAAUCACGCUAAUACCGAAAAUCCGAAGCCCAGAGUCGCUGUCGGACCUGCGGCCAAUAUCUAUCCUAUGCGGCAUGUCGAAAAUCUGUGAACGAAUUGUCUUUGAUCAAAUGCUCAAAUAUGUUGAUGACCAUGAUAUUCUUGAUCCUUAUCAAACUGGCUUCAGGCCCGGUAUGGGCACACAGACAGCUGUCCUAAGAUUUUCAGAUGACGUACGUGCUGCAAUAGACGAACAGAUGAUGACCAUAGCUGUGUUCCUGGAUUUUGCAAAAGCAUUCGACACGGUAGAUCACAAACUGCUGUUGACCAAGCUGCGCAGACUAGGCUUCUCAACGGAGGUUAUUCGAUGGCUAUAUUCUUCCCUCGCAGAACGAAAACACGCGGUGAGAAAUGGACAAAAUAUAUCUUCGUGGCAAGAGUGCUGGAUGGAAGUCCCACAAGGCAGCGUAUUAGCACCACUGCUAUUCUCACUCUUCAUCAACGACCUUCCCACGUGUCUGCGCUACUGCAAUCAUCUUUUCUACGCUAAUGAUAGUGUUAUUUAUCUCACCUGUAAAUUAAGCGAACUGGAAGAAAGUGUAACCAAGAUUAACAAAGACCUUGCGCUACCAAAACUUAUACUGGGCGAGGAAGAUAUAGAAUACGUUGACAACUUCAAGUAUCUAGGAGUCAUGCUCGACCCGAGGCUCUCAUGGACUUAUCAGGUCACAAGAGUAUGCAACUCAGCGUCAAGAACACUAUACCGUCUUCGCCAAUCCGUAAAUGAGGUCGGGGUGUCAUUGAAGCGACAGCUGGUCGUCAGUUUGGUACUCCCAAUAUUUGACUACUGUGCAACAGCUCUUACAAAUCUAAACCUUAACCUGGAGAAGAAGUUAUGUGUUGCGCUGAACAACCGCUGUCUCUUCUACGGCAUCCUUGUACUCAACAAAAAUGCCCUGCUAGGAAAGCACAUCAGACUUAAUCAUAAUGUAGCCAGGCACAGAGAUAAUAACAGAACCGAUACGCUAAUUGCGCCAAUUCCAAGGACAACUAUGUUCAACAACUCAUUCAUAAUUACUGGCACUGAUCUCUGGAAUUCGUUACCGCCGGACAUUACAACAGCAACAACACUGGAGGAAUUUAGGACGCGAUGUUUCCGUUACAUUCAUGCGAUGGAGCAAAUAAACUACGAUUAG